UGGUGUCGAUGAUUGCGUGAACGUUAUAUAAAUGCGUUCGUCAACACAUGGAUUGAACACAUGUAGCUGAUUUUAAUGCACGUGAUAGAGCAUGACUGCUAGUCCCGUACGGAGACCAGAACAUUAUCAAUUAUUUGUGUUUUAUGACGACAGUGAUGAACAAGCUAGGGAUGAUAUACUUCCAGGCUUAAAAACAGAGAAUAUUUCCUUUAGUUCUUUACAAGAAAAUGGCAUGCCAGGCAUGUACACUUUCGAUACUGCAUUUAGUCUCGUCGCAAAGUCUAGAAAAGUACUGAUUAUUUUUUCUAAAAGUCUAUCUGUAAACAAAAAAUGCAGCCAUAUGAUAAAGUCCGCCUGCACGGAACCAAGUAUAAGGCGAAAAAUCAUCACACUGAUUACAGAUGGCAAAGUUUCAUCCGUCAACGGGUUAUUUUGUCUUAGGGACACAUCAAUUAUAAGAUAUAACACGAACUGGGUUUCAAAUCUUAAAACUGAACUAUUGACAAUAAUACCAAGUUAUUCCAUCUUACAUGCAAAUACCGGAGCAUCUAAUUUUGUUUCAUCAAAAGGCCUUCUCCUGCAACAAAUGGACAUGGACCUGUAUGGAGUGUUGAUUACAGCCAGGAAUAAGAACUUUCUAAUCGAUCUUCCUGAAUUCUAUAAACAUAUUAAUGAACAUACUAAAUUGAAUAUUCCACAAGCUUGCGAAGACUGUGGAUUUCUAUGUGAUCUGAAUACUACAAUUAGUUUAGGAUUUACUGAUGAUUUUCUCGAAACUGAGGAGGAAAAGUUCGGUGAUAGUGAGAUGAGUAACGGUUUACUGGAGUUGAUGAAGUGUGUUAUGGAUGCGUAUAACCCCCAUUCUAAAAGUAAUUUGUGGUCUGUGUCUUGUGCAGUGAGUGGGGAAUACAAGCCGUCACAUGCCUACUACAUUAAUGAUAUGUUUGGUAGUGUCGUUUAUGCACUGUUGAACAAAGCAGCAAGUAAAAUGCAAGUUCCAUUUCUGCCUGAAUUUGAAGAUAUAGAUAAGAGAAGAGAAACUUUAAUGAACAUAGACAACCAUAGUAGAAGAGAGACGAUUGCCCUGGCAGGAUUUGUAUGCAUAGCUGAACCUGACCGCAUGCAGUGUUUUCAAUGUGGAUGGCAUAUUCCUUUGUCAGCUAUGGACCUUGAACCAAUGUUAUAUCAUGCAAGCUACAUGCCGCUAUGUCCCUAUGUGCAACAAACAUUAGACCCAGAGAGAUUCCCGCCAUAUCGAGUACACCAUAAGAAGUUUGAUAAUUCAGAUCUGUCCACGGAAGAUGAUGGCGAUGAAGAUUUUCAGAAGUUUGCUGACGCUGGAUUUUACCGCAACGGGUUUGAACAUGUGAUCGAAUGUAUGAGCUGUGGGCUUUGUAUCAUCAUCAACAAUGCAGACACAAGUCCCUGGGAUACACAUGCUCUUCUGUCGCCCACAUGUAAAUUUGUUCUGGAAAAGAAAGGAAUAGACUUUAUUAAGUCGGUUAAUGCACAAAGGUCUACAGAUAAAGAACCAACAAUUAUAACAUAUGCUUUGACUGAUUUUAGUUUCGACCAUAGAACAAACUGGCCGAGCAUUCUGUUCACACCCGAUACUAUAUAAAACCUUAGACCGCGACUAACCGCUAUUAUCACGUGCAACAAAAUAGUUGCUUCUUUUCAGUAGCAAUGUACCGAAGAUUGAUGAUAAUUCCUACCUCAAAGAUUUCUACAAAUACCUCAAAGAUUUCUACAAAUACCUCAAAGAUUUCUACAAAUACCUCAAAGAUUUCUACAAAUACCUCAAAGAUGUCUACAAAUACCUCAAAGAUUUCUACAAAUACCUCAAAGAUGUCUACAAAUACCUCAAAGAUUUCUACAAAUACCUCAAAGAUGUCUACAAAUACCUCAAAGAUUUCUACAAAUACCUCAAAGAUGUCUACAAAUACCUCAAAGAUUUCUACAAAUACCUCAAAGAUUUCUACAAAUACCUCAAAGAUUUCUACAAAUACCUCAAAGAUUUCUACAAAUACCUCUAAAAUACAACCACUUCCACGAAUCUACCUCUACCUCCAGGAAUACUACCUCUACCUGAUAAUUUUGCUGUUAAUGCCCUUUUUGACCUUACAUGUGAGGCUGUAUAAAUUGUGGAAGUUUUCUUGACGAAUCACACGCUAAUAGAUAUUUUGAUAACACAAUAUUUGAUGAUUUUUAUAGAUCGUUAUGAUUAUUAUAUAUGUGAUUACUUUUUAUCAAUAUUUUUUUAAUUUA